AUGGAAAAUAUAGAGAAGGAAGAAAAUUAUUUGGACAGACUUACAAAUUUUUUUAAAUAUUUGACAUUAGGUAUGAGAUAUAAAAGUGUAGAAAAAAAUAAUAGUACAGAAAAAAAAAAUUCUGCUCAUACUAUUAAAUAUGAUGGUCAUAAAAAUAGUUUACAACAAGUUGUUUAUAAUUUAAAAUUGAAGAGGGCAUCUGAGUUAGGAAUUCCUCAGAGAGUUAUUGGAAACACGAGCAUAUCCAACAAUGAUUCUGAUAAAGAAAGAGAUAACAACAGCAAGAGGGAAGACAAUGAAGAUGAUCAAGACAAUCAAAUAUAUGAUUACAACAAAUUCGAACAAAUAAAUGAACAGAAAAAUAUUCAAACAUUAUCUUCACAACAAGAAAAUGACGAAAAAAAGGUUUAUUUGUUUUCUUCUAGUAUAGAUCUUGAACAUGCAGAAAUAUAUAAAAUAGACCAAGAACAUAAAAAAAAAAAGAAAAAAAAAAAAAAAAAAAAGGAAAAGGAAAAAAAUAAAGAUCAACAUAAUAAUACAUAUGAUGAUAAACAUAACAAUACAUAUGAUGAGAAACAUAUUAAGGAGGAAAAACAAACAAAUAUAGAAAAAAAUAAAAAACAUAAAAAACACAAAAAAAAAGAAAAAAGCAAAAGCAAACAACUCGAAUUGGAAGAACAAAAUUAUUCAAUGAAUAAAAUACAACUAGUUGAUUCAGAAAAAGAAAAUAUUCUCAUGACAAAUUUAAAAAGUAUCUCAUCGUCAAAUAAUUCAGAAGAUAUAAUGAAUGAGACAACAAAAGAACAAAAUAUUAUCAAUAAUAAUUUAUAUACAUCAGAUAAUAAUAAAAAAAAAACAUAUAUAAGUAUAAGAAGUAUUAAAGAAAAAAAUCGGGUAAUUAAAUUGCCAAAACUAAAUUUCACAAAUAACCUCGAAUCGUCUUCAAAUGAAUAA